AUGGUAGAGCAGUUCAUCCAUUCCUGGACAAGUGUUCAUGGUCCUCCACAAAGUCUGUUUAGUGACAAUGGGGACGAGUUCGGUAAUGAGGAGAUGAGGGACAUGACAGAGAAAUUAAACAUCCAAGUAAAAACCACAGUUGCCUACCGUCCAUGGAGCAAUGGCCUUUUAGAAAGACACAAUCAGACCCUCACUGAGGUCAGGUUAAAGAUAAAGAAAGACACAGGAUGCGACUGGAAGACCGUCCUGGAUUGGGCUCUAAUGGCGAAGAACUCCCUGCACAAUGUGCACGGGUACAGUCCAUACCAGCUGGUGUUUGGGCAGAACCCAAGCCUUCCAUCAGUACUAGUAGACAAGCCCCCUGCUCUUGAGGGCAUCACUAUGAGUACCUGGGUGGGGAAGGAGACGGUUCAGACCACAGAGGACCAGCUGAUGAAGAGAGACAUGCCCCCGGCCUUCAUCAAGGUGGAGAACUCGUGCUCUAAGCUGGUCCAAGCAGCUCAGAUGCUGAAGGCGGAUCCAUACUCGGUUCCUGCCCGAGAUUACCUCAUCGACGGAUCCAGAGGAAUACUGUCUGGAACCUCCGACCUCCUCCUCACCUUCGAUGAAGCGGAGGUGCGUAAGAUCAUCCGUGUGUGUAAAGGCAUCCUAGAGUAUCUGACUGUAGCUGAGGUGGUGGAGACCAUGGAGGACCUCAUCACCUACACCAAGAACCUGGGACCAGGGAUGACAAAGAUGUCGAAGAUGAUUGAGGAGAGGCAGCAGGAACUGACCCACCAGGAACACAGACAGAUGCUAGUCAGCUCCAUGAACACCAUCAAAGAACUACUGCCUGUCCUCAUAUCAGCCAUCAAGAUCUUCGUCGCGACCAAGAGCAGUCGUGGCGUUGGGGUGGAGGAGGCGGAGAGGAACAGGCGGUUCACCUUUGAGAAGAUGAGCGCCGAGAUCAACGAGAUCAUACGGGUGCUACAGCUCACCACGUGGGACGAGGACGCGUGGGCAAACAAGAAGGAUAUGGAGGCUAUGAAGAGGUCUCUGGCAUUGAUCGAGUCUAAGAUGGCGCAGGCAAAAAGCUGGCUCAAAGACCCCCAUGGACAGCCAGGGGAGCCCGGCGAGGUUGCCAUACAUGUGAUCCUGGAUGAGGCUGGUAAGGUGGGAGAGCUGUGCACUGGGAAGGAAAGGAAAGAUGUACUGGGAACCACCAAGGCCCUGGGGCAGAUGACUGACCAGGUGUCAGAGCUACGCGCCAGAGGCCAGGGUCCAUCUCCUGGGUGUGUACAGCGUGCCAGCCAGUGCUCCCAGGGUUUAGAUCUGCUGUUUGGCAAAGUGGACAAUGCGGCUCGCAGAUUAGAGGCGCUGAUCAAUGCCAAGCAGGCCAUAGCCCGGAGACUAGACGCCGCACAGGCCUGGCUGGCUGAUCCCAACGGUGGUCCAGAGGGGGAGGAGAACAUCAGAGCAUUGCUGGCGGAGGCCAAGCGUAUCGCAGAUCUCUGUGAGGACCCCAAAGAGAGGGACGACAUCCUGCGCUCCAUCAGCGAGAUUGCAGGGCUCACCGCCCGACUCGUGGAGCUACGCAAACAGGGUAAAGGUGACAGUCCGGAGGCCCGUGCCUUGGCCAAGCAGAUCGGGGCAGCGCUGCUGACCCUGCAGUCCAAAACUAACCGGGCCGUUGCCAACAUGAGACCGGCCAAGCCCGCCGUCACGCUCGAGGGGAAGAUGGAACAAGCACUCCGCUGGGUCAACAACCCUGGCGUGGACGACAGAGGAGUGGAAUGUGAGAGAAUACAGUGGCACACAGGUCAGGCAGCAAUCAGAGGAAUGGUGGGGGAGGGAAGGAGGCUGGCGGGAGGCCUCGUCGGGCCGUACAGACAGGAUCUGAUUGGACGCUGUGACCGGACAGAGGCGCUAAUGACUUCCCUGGCGGACAUGGCGGGGAGGGGGGAGGCCGAGGCACCUCACGCACGAGCCACGGCGUCACAGCUGCAGGACUGCCUCAAGGUUCUGAGGGGAAAUAUGCAAGAGGUGAUGACCCAGGAGGUGUCUGAUGUCUUCAGUGACACCACCACCCCUAUCAAAUUGCUGGCUGUGGCUGCAACUGCUCCCCCUGAUGCUCCCAACAGGCAGGAGGUUUUCGAGGAGCGGGCGGGGAACUUCGAGGCCCACGCUGGCCGUUUGGGGGCAACGGCAGAGAAGGCGGCAGCGGUGGGAACGGCCAAUAAGGGCACAGUGGAGGGAAUACACGCUGCGGUGAAACACGCCAGGGAGCUCACGCCACAGGUGACAUCUGCGGCUCGGAUCCUGCUGAAGAAUCCCGGGAACCAGGCAGCGUACGAACACUUCGACACCAUGAAGAACCAGUGGAUAGACAACGUGGAGAGACUGACCGGUCUCGUGGAUGAGGCUAUAGACACCAAGUCUCUGCUGGACGCGUCUGAGGAGGCCAUCAAGAAAGACAUCGACAAAUGCCGCGUUGCCAUGGCGAAUGUCCAACCCCAGAUGCUUGUUGCCGGGGCAACGAGCAUAGCUAGACGAGCCAACCGGGUCCUCCUGGUGGCCAAGAGGGAAGUGGAGAACUCGGAGGAUCCGCGGUUCCGUGAUAGCGUUAAACAUGCCUCAGACGUCCUGUCACACACCAUCUCACCCAUGGUGAUGGACGCCAAGGCGGUGGCUGGCAACAUACAGGAUAAAGCUCUUCAGAAGGCCUAUCUGGACUCCUGUCUGAGGAUCCUGGCUGCGGUGGGAAAGGUCCGAGAAGCCUUCCAGCCUCAGGAGCCGGACUUCCCCCCUCCGCCCCCUGAUCUGGAUCAGCUCCACGUCACUGAUGAGCAGGCUCCACCAAAGCCCCCUCUGCCAGAGGGAGAGGUCCCUCCUCCUCGCCCACCUCCUCCAGAGGAGAAAGAUGAGGAGUUCCCCGAGCAGAAGGUGGGAGAGGUCCUCAGUGAGCCCAUGAUGGUGGCGGCCAGACAACUCCACGACGAGGCCCGCAAGUGGUCCAGCAAGCCUGAUGAGGAGGAGGCAGUAGAGGAGAGGGAGGUAGAUGAUGAAGAUGAGUUUACUGAUGGUGAGGAUGACUAUGAGCCAGAACUGCUGAUGAUGCCCUCCAACCAGCCUGUCAAUCAACCCAUUUUGGCCGCUGCCCAGUCGCUGCACCAGGAGGCGCGCAAGUGGUCCAGCAAGGGCAACGACAUCAUAGCGGCAGCCAAGCGCAUGGCUCUGCUGAUGGCCGAGAUGUCUCGACUGGUGCGCGGCGGCAGCGGGAACAAGCGGGCGCUGAUCCAGUGCGCCAAGGACAUCGCCAAGGCCUCCGACGAGGUGACCAGGCUGGCUAAAGAGGUGGCCAAGCAGUGCACGGACAGACGCAUCAGAACCAACCUGCUGCAGGUGUGUGAACGAAUCCCUACCAUCAGCACCCAGCUUAAGAUCCUCUCCACGGUGAAAGCCACCAUGCUGGGACGGACAAACAUCAGCGAGGAGGAAUCGGAGCAGGCCACAGACAUGCUGGUCCACAACGCCCAGAACCUCAUGCAGUCGGUGAAGGAGACGGUAAGAGAGGCAGAGGCGGCGUCCAUCAAGAUCCGCACAGACGCAGGGUUCACCCUGCGCUGGGUCCGCAAGACCCCCUGGUACCAAUAA